AUGCGUCAUCCAUCAUACUCUGAGGCUUGGAAGCACUUCAAUGAAACUCAUUCAUUUUUUGCUGCUGAACCAAGGAAUGUGAAGCUGGGGUUAUGUAAUAAUGGUUUCCAACCAUUUGGUCAGUCAGGAAGAAAAUACUCUUUGUGGCCAGUGAUUGUCACUCCAUACAACUUACCUCCUUGGAUGUGUAUGAAAGAGGCGUACAUGUUCUUAACUGUCAUUGUUCCGGGGCCAACCGAUCCUAAACAAAAAAUUGAUGUUUUUCUACAACCUCUAAUAAAACAAUUGACCUUGUUAUGGGAGGAAGGUGUGGAAGCAUUUGACAUCUCAAAAAAGCAAAACUUUCAAUUAAGGGCGGCUUUGAUGUGGACAAUUAAUGACUUUCCAGCAUAUUCUAUGUUAUCAGGAUGGAGUACUGCUGGCAAGUUAGCAUGUCCUUAUUGUAUGGAGGAAGCACAAUCUUUUAGAUUACGUCAUGGUGGGAAAACAACUUGGUUUGAUAGUCAUAGAAUAUUCCUUGACCAACAUCAUCCAUUUAGGAAAGAUCGUAAAAACUUUCUUAAAGGGCUAAGGAAAGUAACAGAGGAAGAUGCACAAGUAGUUAAUUCAAGAAUAUGUAAAUCUUGUGGAUGGAAAAAGCGAAGCAUCUUUUGGGAUUUGCCUUAUUGGAGUUCUAACAUGAUUCGGCAUAAUCUUGACAUCAUGCAUAUUGAAAAGAAUGUCUUUGAUAAUGUAUUUAACACAGUUCUUAAUGUUAAAGACAAAACCAAAGACAAUCCGAAAGCACGUCUGGAUAUGCUAACCUAUUGUGAUAGACCUCAGUUGGCAAAGGAUGCUAGUGGAAAAUAUCCCAAAGUUGCAUAUACAAUAGACAAUGAAGCAAAAGAUAUCUUAUUCGAUUGGGUGAAAAGUUUGAAGUUUCCAGAUGGGUAUGUUUCAAAUUUGGGUCGAUGUCUAGAGACGAACAAGUCUAGGUUAUUUGGCAUGAAAAGUCAUGAUUGCCACGUGUUUAUUCAACGAUUAAUGCCUAUUGCCUUUCGUGAACUACUUCCUAGUAAUGUGUGGCAGACACUUACAGAAUUGAGCUUAUUUUUUAAAGAUCUUACUUCAACCACUCUACGAGUGGCUGACAUGGAGAGAUUAGCAAUAGACAUCCCACAGAUCUUGUGUAAGUUGGAACGUAUAUUUCUACCGGGGUUCUUUAACUCAAUGGAACAUUUGCCCGUGCACCUGCCAUAUGAAUCAAGAAUUGCUGGACCAAAAAUGAUUGGGAAUAAAGCUAGUGUUGAGGGAUCUAUUUGUGAAGCAUACUUGAUGACAAAGUCAACACAAUUAUUUUCUCAUUAUUUUGAACCUCAUGUCAUUACACGUAAUCAUAAUGUGGACCAGAAUGAUGAUGGUGGUGUUGUGGAAGAUCAUAAAGGAAAUUUAUCAAUAUUUACACAUCCAGGUCGACUAUCGGGAGAAGCAAAAAAGAGGAGUUUAUCCUCGAAAGAAAUCAAGGCUGCCCAAACUUACAUUCUACUAAAUUGUAAAGAGGUUGUGUCAUUUGUAAGCAAGAGAAAGGACAAGGAGGAUUGGUUAGCUGUAUUGAAAGUUAAACCUCGGCAUGUUGUUGAAUUACCCGAUGAGGAAGUGAUGGCAAUUUCAAAUACGAAUCUCCCCUUCCAAGUUGAAGAAGUUGAAGAUCAUGUGGUAGAUAUGAACAUUGUCGUUGAUGAAAAUAUACUCUUACAUGAUCCAAAUGGGGAUUUAAUUGAAAUGGAUGAGCAUGUUGAUGAUGAAUUAUUGCUAGAUCAUCAUGAAAUCGAAGAAGAAGAAGAAGAGUAUGAAACAGAAGAUACAGAGGAUGAUGAGGAAGAUCUCCCAGUGUUGGAGUUGAAGCCACUUCCUUCACACCUCAGGUAUGAAUUUUUGGGCUCUAAUUCAACUUUUCCAGUUAUUCUUUCUUCUUGCCUUACUAACUUGCAGGUGGAUGGGUAUUCGGGAUAUAAUCAAAUUUUAAUUGCCCCGGAGGACCAAGAGAAGACCACUUUUACAUGCCCAUAUGGUACAUUUGCUUUCUCCCGGAUGCCAUUCGGGUUGUGCAAUGCUCCGGCGACCUUCCAACGUUGCAUGAUGGCUAUUUUCACCGACAUGGUGGAAGACAUAUUGGAGGUCUUUAUGGAUGAUUUUAGUGUGAUUGGUGAUUCCUUUGAAGAGUGCUUGGUAAAUUUAGAUAGAGUCUUGACCCGCGACCAUGCCGCCCUUAGGUAUUUGAUGACCAAAAAAGAUUCCAAGGCAAGAUUGAUGAGAUGGGCUUGUCAUUCCUCCCCCUAUGGUGGCCAUCAUGGAGGGGUGAGGACGGCUUCGAAGGUUUUGAGUUGUGGUUUCUAUUGGCCAACCUUGUUCAAAGAUACCAGUGAUUUGGUAAAGAGAUGUGAUCAAUGCCAACGAGCGGGCGGGAUUUCCAAGAAAGACGAGAUGCCUCUUAACAUAAUUCUUGAGGUUGAUAUCUUUGAUGUAUGGGGUAUCGAUUUUAUGGGCCCUUUUGUUAGCUCGUGCGGGAACACUUACAUUCUUGUAGCAGUGGACUAUGUGUCAAAAUGGGUUGAGGCCGUGGACUUGCCUAAUAAUGAAGCUAGGAGUGUGGUGGCAUUUCUUAAAAAGAGUAUCGUUAUAAGGUUUGGUACACCCCGGGCAAUCAUUAGUGAUGGUGGAUCGCACUUUUGUAAUAGAGCUUUUGAUACCUCGCUCUCCAAGUAUGGUGUCAACCAUAAAGUCUCUACACCUUACCAUCCGCAAUCAAGUGGUCAAGUUGAAGUAUCAAAUAGAGAAAUCAAGAGCAUCCUGUCCAAAACUGUCAAUGCUGUGGAAAAGAAGCCGUAUGAUGUCAAGGCCAAGCCGGUUACUCCAUUCUCCUGGUACAGUUUGAGGGGGCCAGACAACCCCAAGGACAAGCACUACAAGCCCCCUACUUCUGCCCCAACUGGCCAGUCUGAAGAGCCAGUUGAGGUAGAGGCCUCCACAGCUGUUGUGAUGCCUCCCAGACCUUCCACUACUGCAGAUUUGCCUCCUGGUCCUUCUACCUCAGCCGGCCCGGAGAUUCCAUCUUCCCGGGCCCAUCCUAUCACUGCCCACAGACUACACCAGACACUUCAGAGCCUGAACAACUGGAUACCCAGCGGAGGCUUCCUCCAGUCAGCCACAGGAUGCACCAGAUCCACAGCCAGUCCAGGUCCAGUCCCAGGUCCCAGCAGUUGA